CAUCUCUGCUGAGCUGGUAGGAAUGAGUCUUGGCUGGGGCUUGGCUCUGCUUUGCUAUUUAAGUCUAUGGGACUUAGCCAGGACCUCUAAUGUUCUCUACCUGCAGAAGCUGAAUUCCACCACCAGACCUGGAUUCCCCAGACCCAUGAACCCCAAUGACCCCGGCGUUCGCAGAGCCGCUCGCUUUGGGGUUUAUCGCUAUAACAACAGCUCAAACGACAUUUUUCUAUUCAAAGAGUCUCGUAUAACUAAAGCAAUGGUGCAGGUAGUCAGAGGGCUGAAAUACAUGCUCAAUGUAGAAAUUGGCCGGACGGUGUGUGACAAGAGGGGACACUCCAACUUGGACAGCUGCGACUUUCAGAAGAAGAAAAAGCUGCAACAAAUGUUCAGAUGCUAUUUUGAGGUCUGGACUAUCCCCUGGCUACAGCGAGUCCAAGUGCUGCUUGCUCUCUGUCACUGAUCCAGCUUCCCCAGCCACAGCCGCACCUGCCUCAAUGCACUCGCAGUGAGGAUUUCGGUACUGUCUGUUUUCUGUUAGCAGCAGAGACCAGUGAAGAAUUGCUGCAAAGAGAUUAUUCCAGUGAAUGGCUCUUUUUCAAGUAUGACUCCUUGGGAAGAUAGUUGAAAAGUCUACACCACAAAACCCACCGAGCAACAGGAUCUUAGCAAAUCAGGUUAAUGUUUACUGCUGUCCAGCUGAGGCAUUUUGACAAAUGAACUAACCUGCAGAAGACAGUUUUAUUUCUCCAACUGACACUGGCCCACCAGUCAGAUGGAAAGUAAACUAGAUUCUAACUGCAUUAGCUGAAACAUCCACAUACAGUCUAAAUGGACUAUGGUGGCCAGCUGUAUAUGAUUUCAGCUGCUGUAUGGCAGAAGUGACACAAACUAGGCAGCACUUGUACAUUAUCCACAAUAACCUAUCCAUGCACAUGCUGAGAAAUCUUAGGGAAAAUGUUUUGCCAUCCCCUGCAGCAUGGGGCAUGGGUCAC